AUGCGGGGCCACCGUGACGACACGGGUCCCGUGUGCCUUUAUGGUAAAGACGGUACUGGUGAUGUUGAUUUAGUAUUAGGUGCGCGACGCACGGUAAGGGUCAAAGUCGAAACAGACUCGGCCAGUGCUUUAGUAAGAGAGAAACGCAAGCGGCCCGCGCUAGCCGACGCCAGGGCGGCAAAACUCGAUAGAUACAAGGGCCGCGAGCUGGAGAAGCACCGUAUCAAUGUCCGCGAGAUUCUGCUGUGCUCGAACGCCACGCCGAUCCGUUGCCACAGCGGCAUCGGUUACUCGUGCUGCUUCUGCGCCCAGCAGUACCCCGACGCCAGGGACUUGAAGCGCCACACUUUGGAGGCGCACGACGCGAAGGCGAAACGCAACUUCAUGGAGGGCAAAAUGAUGUUCUCGUACCUAGUUAAGCUCGACAUCACCUCCCUCCGCUGCUCGCUCUGCGACGCGGAUUUGCCGACCCUGGAGUCGCUAACAGAACACCUGAUAACCGUCCACGGCAGGAAGUUCUACUCGGACAUCAACAGCCACAUCGUGCCGUUCAGGUUCGACGGCGACCCGCUGCUCAGGUGCGUCUACUGCACGAACCGCUUCAACAAGUUCAAGGCGCUGCAGGAGCACAUGAACACCCACUACAGGAACUACGUCUGCGACGUAUGCGACGCGGGCUUCGUCAACCGGAACAUCCUGCUCAACCACGCCGAGGGCCACAAGAAGGGCACUUUCAAGUGCGACUACUGCGCGAAGGUGUUCGACACCUACCGCAAGAAGAAGUCCCACGAGAAGUCCGUCCACAUACACCUGAACAUGCUGAACAGGUGCGGCUACUGCAGCGAGAAGUUCAAGGACUACCGCCGCAAGCUCGACCACCUGACGAAGGUGCACGGCGUGCGCCCCGUGACGCUGCACUGCAACGCGUGCGACAAGGCGUUCGAGACGCAGACCGCGCUCACGAUCCACAUCAAGCGCGACCACCUGCUGGAGAGGCGGCACGAGUGCAAGCACUGCGACAUGAAGUUCUUCGUCACGCACGAGCUGAAGGAGCACAUGGUCAAGCACACCGGCUUGAGGAACUUCGAGUGCGAGGUGUGCCACAAGGCGUACGCCCGGCGGAAAACCCUGCGGGAGCACAUGCGGAUACACGCGGACGACAGGCGGUUCAAGUGCGAGCACUGUGGGCAGGCGUUCGUGCAGAAGUGCAGCUGGCGGGGCCACAUGCGCGCGAAGCACGGGGAACAAGUG